CAAAAUUGGCGCAUCCAACUGGCGCGCACGCAGGCGCAGAGCCCGUUCUUCGAUUGAUAUAUAAGGCUACGGUAGUACAAAGGAAACAUCUCGGGUGGUUUUUUUUGCAGUCACGGUGACAGUGGCAUUCGAAAUAUGGCAGACAUCAUUGAUUGUAACUUUCCUGUCUGGGGCCUGCUGCCUAAAAAAGAAACGGGUGUCACUCAGUUUCUCACCAAGUAUCCUGAGUACGAUGGACGGGGCGUUGUCAUCGCGAUCCUUGACUCGGGGGUGGAUCCUGGAGCCCCAGGUCUGCAAGUGAGUACGAGUCCGAGCAUUGGAUUUAUUUGUCGACACGCCUUCCACAAGCUGUUAAUUCUUUUGGAAGGACCGCCCUUUCCCUUGAAAUGCGAGCGCGAAAUUUUGGACUUAUUUUACUACAUGGAAUUUGAAAGCAAGCAUUCACAAUUAACAACUUUGGAAGAAAGACUACAAAAGGAAGAACUUGAGGCCCGAAUUGAAGUAUUGAAUAAUAUUGAAAAAUAUUAUGAUGUAGGACCUACUUGCGAUUGCGUUGUUUUCCACGAUGGUUACAUGUGGAGAGCAUGUAUUGAUACUUCUGAAGAAGGUAAUUUAGAAACUGGUGUUUUUCUUGGUGAAUAUUCCAUCACGAGAGAUUUUGCUCGUCUUACUCAAGAAGACCAGUUAAAUAUUAGUGUUAAUGUUCAUGAUAAUGGAGAUCUAUUAGAAAUUGUCAGCUUAUGUUCAAGUCAUGGAACACAUGUGGCAUCAAUCGCUGCUGCAUAUUUUCCUGAUACUCCAGAAAUGAAUGGAGUAGCACCAGGGGCCCAAAUUAUUUCAUUAACUGUCGGUGAUGGACGUAUUGGCACAAUGGAAACUGGAACAUCCGUAGUACGGGCAAUGAUUCAUAUAAUGAAACGUAAAGAAAAGGUUCAUGUCAUAAAUAUGAGUUACGGCGAACAUGCUCAUUGGUCAAAUACAGGUAGAAUAGGAGAAUUAAUGAACGAAGUUAUUGACGAAUAUGGUGUAACUUGGGUUGCAUCCGCUGGUAAUCUUGGACCAGCUUUGUGUACCAUUGGAACUCCUCCAGACAUCAGUUCAAACAGUAUUAUUAGUGUUGGUGCUUAUGUAUCACCUGAUAUGAUGGUAGCUGAAUAUUCUUUAAGAGAAAAGAUGCCAGGCAUGCCAUAUACUUGGUCCUCUCGUGGUCCAAUGAUAGAUGGAGGUGCAGGUGUAACAGUAUGUGCACCAGGAGGUGCCAUUACUAGCGUUCCAAAUUUUACACUUAGAAAAAGUCAACUUAUGAAUGGUACAAGCAUGGCAAGUCCACAUGUCACUGGGGCAGUCGCGGUUCUUAUAUCGGGUCUUCUCGCCAAGGGUUAUUUAUAUUCUCCUUACAGUAUUAAAAGAGCUCUUGAAAAUACUGCUCUUUAUAUACCUAAUUUAGAUUCGUUUGCACAAGGUUCUGGCCUAUUGCAAGUCGAACGUGCAUUUGAUGAUCUCGUCUCAUAUUGCGAUACUCCUGAAAGAGAUGUACGUUUUGCCAUUAAUUGCGGUGUCAAUAAUUCUAAAGGCAUUCAUAUGAGAACAGGUGUCAUUGAUCGUCCAAAGGACUAUGCAAUUACGGUCGAACCAGUAUUCAUAAAUAGUGAAAAUAUAGAUCCAGCGCGAAAAAUUGAUUUUAAUCUGAAAUUAACACUCGUAUGUGAAGCAUCUUGGGUCCAACUCCCGACACAUCUGGACUUAAUGCAUAUGCCUCGUACUUUUGCUAUUAGAAUUGAAGCUUCUGAUUUACCAGAAGGUGUUCAUGCCACUAGUGUACGAGCGUAUGAUGUAACUAACAUCGCAAAAGGACCAGUAUUUCAAAUUCCGAUAACUGUUGUUCAGCCAAUGACAAUAUCGAAGACUGCACUUCUUCCAGAUUUAACAUAUACAAAUAUUUUAUUUAAACCUAAUACAAUCCAACGUCAUUUUAUUCUUGUUCCAGAAGAUGCCACUUGGGCAGUUCUCAAAUUAAAAAGUACAGAAAAGGAUAAAACUGGUAGAUUUGUAAUGCACACUGUUCAAUUAAAACCUCGUUUAGCUUGCAAAACUCUUGAAGUUAAUAGAAUCAUCAGUGUUACAUCUCAGUCGGAAACUGUUCAACCAUUUGCUGUUCAGGGUGGAUUAAUUUUAGAAGUAGUUAUAGCAAAGUAUUGGGCAAAUUUAGGUGAUAUGUUUGUCGAUUAUUCCAUAGAAUUUCAUGGAAUCCAUAUGAUAAAUGGUAAUCUUACUAUGUUAUCUGGAGAUGGAAUAAAUCGCCUUGAAUUACGUAGUUCUCUUAGAAACGAAGAAGUUGUACCCAAUGUUACUUUGAAAACAUCUGUUCAAGUCUUAAAGCCCAACGAAUCGAAAAUUGCCCCUUUAGGAGCGCGUGAUAUUAUUCCGCCUUCUCGACAAAUAUAUGAAUUACAAUUAACAUAUACAUUCCAUUCGGCAAAAUCAACUGAAGUCACACCAAAUGCUGCAUUGCUUAGUGAUUUGUUAUAUGAAAGCGAAUAUGAAAGCCAAAUGUGGAUGAUUUAUGACAGCAAUAAACAAUUGAUAAGUUGUGGAGACGCAUAUCCAUCUAAAUAUACAAUUCACAAAUUAGAAAAGGGAGAUUAUACUUUAAAAAUGCAAGUACGUCAUGAGAAGAAAGAUUUGCUGGAAAGAUUAACAGAUAUGCCGAUACUUUUAAGUCAGAAGCUUAGCACACCAAUUAAUUUAGAUAUUUAUGCCAAUCAAUCACAAGCGAUUAUUGGUGGAAAAAAAAUGGUUGCUGCGUCUAUUCCACCUGGUCAUAUUCUUCCUUUGUAUAUUGCUUCAUUAUCUAAUGAAAGCAAGUAAGUAUCUAUAUUUUUAUCUGUGUAUAUAAUCUUCUCUUUAGUUGCUACAUCGUGUUAUAGAUAUGAUAUUGGAAAGAAGGUGGAUAAUCAUGUAUUUAAAUAUAUCAUAUCUGAAUAUAUCAUACCUGCCAAGAAAAAUGUCUGCCCUACCGUUAAAGCUGAGAAAGAAAAAACUACGAAGUGGGAUGAAUACCAGGAAGCAAUAAGAGAUCUAAAAUGCAAUUAUCUUGCCAAAUUUGCACCAUCUAUAAAACCCGGCGAGCAUAGCAAUUCGCUGUACGGAGAACUAAAGGGAGCCUUCUCGGAUCAUUUACCUGUCCACACUGCCAUGUUGACAUCUUUAGAUUCUCCUGAGGCACGGCGAUAUGUACCGCAAGAUGAUCUUUCAGAAAAUGCCAUUGCAUUUGCUAAUCAAAUAAUAACAGUCGCUGACUCUGUGAUCACAAAUAUUGAUCAAGAUAAGUUACUAGCAUAUUAUGGAUUGAAAAAUGAUCAACGUCCUGAUGCGGCAAAAAUCAAAGUAAUUAUGGAUAAACAAAAGAAUAGUUUGAUUGAAGGAUUAGUGAAGAAAGGUUGUGCAUUGGCGCGAUUAUAUGUACAUGGUACAAAAACUGGAGAGGGAGAUGGAUCUUGUGAACAUUUGCUUGAAAGCGUUACACAUCACUGGCAAGAAGUACAGAAAUUCGCUGAACCUACUGAUAAUAAGGUUAUUAUUUUGUCUUUAUGGCACGCGCACAUCAAUGAUCACUAUGGACGUUAUUUGAAAUUAUUGACUCGUUAUUAUGAAGAGAAACCAUUGAAAGAGAUUGAUGAAAAGUGCAUUGAAAUUGCAAAAUGUUUAGGAUGGUCACAUUGGUCACGUCUUCUCACUACAAGUAUGCCAAUGCGUUACCCAAAUACAUAUAGAUCAUUCUGAUCAUUGAUUUUAUGAAGCCAAUGUGCUAAAGUAUGAUAUAGGCAAGAAGAAUUAUGAAAACGAUUUCGAACACAUCUUUGUAAUAACAGUGAAAAACAAAAAGUCGUUUAUGUCAAAAGUCAGGUGUAAUAUAUGUUUAGAAAAAUAUAAAUUUAUUCAUAAUAAACUAAUGAUUUAGACUAAUCGCAGUGCUGAACUGACUUAAAUCAUAUUCGUAUGUAUAUGAUUUUCUUUGACGGAAACUGGAAAAAAAGUUUUAUUGAAGAUAAGAAAAUAAUUCUACUGAAAUUUUACUAAAAAAAAAAUAUAAGCAAUAAAAAUAUAAAGUCUCAUUCGUAAAAAAAAUAGUAUUGUUAAUAUACAGUUAUAUGUUAACAUAGCCAUUAAUAGCAGAAAAAUUUUUUCUUUUGAAUGAGUACUUAAUGAAAAACUUUAUUUUUUAAUAUUGGAUUUUACAAAGAAUGCUUCAAUCAAAUCAGUUUAGAAUUUGAAUUUUUGAUUAACAUUGUGUAACACAAUGUUUGUUUCUGUUACAACAUAUUGUAUCUCAUUUAACUUUCUAUAUUCUUAUUUUUACAGUAAAUUAUUAUGUAAAUAUAUAAAUAUAUCUUUUGUUUUUAUAUCCACAGAAUAUACUUUAGUCUACUGUUUUAUGUUAUGUCAGGCAUAUACGACAAUUAAUUUUGAAUAGAUUAUUAAUUUUAUAACUGUAAAGCGAUGUAUUCACAUGUCUAACACAGAUCUUUUAUAUCUAAAAUAUCUAAUAAAAAAUAUAUUAUUAAGAAAUGUAUACACAUUUGCAGACUCAUAUAUAUCAGAAAUUGAAUU